AGCUGCGGGGCGCGGGCUGGGCCGCCCACAGCGCGCCGGGCCGGGGGAGCGGCCGCGCCGGGCCGGGCGGGCGGGCGGCGGGGGCGCCGCGAUGGAGGGCGCCGAGGGGCGGGGAGCGGGCGUGCGUGUGUGUGCGAGUGCGAGUGCGAGGGAGGCCGGCCUUUAGUGUAACCGGAGCUACAAAGAAGGGGAGAGUCCGGGAGAGGGAGGGCGGCAGGGAGGAGCGGCGGCGGCUCCGGGGCGGCUCCGACACCCUCCUGCUGGGAAGGCGCCCCCUCGAGCGGCCUCGGCCCCGACGCGGGCCCGCCGCUCGCCCCGUUGCCCCGCGCCCGCGCCCACCCGGAAUGAUGAAGAAGAACAAUUCCGCCAAGAGGGGGCCUCAGGAUGGAAACCAUCAGUCUGCACCGCCUGAGAAGGUCGGCUGGGUCCGGAAAUUCUGCGGGAAAGGGAUUUUCAGGGAGAUUUGGAAAAACCGCUAUGUGGUGCUGAAAGGGGACCAGCUCUACAUCUCUGAUAAGGAGGUAAAAGAUGAGAAAAAUAUUCAAGAGGUAUUUGACCUGAGUGACUAUGAGAAGUGUGAAGAGCUCCGGAAAUCCAAGAGCAGGAGCAAGAAAAAUCAUAGCAAGUUUACUCUUGCCCACUCCAAACAGCCCGGUAACACGGCCCCCAACCUGAUCUUCCUGGCAGUGAGUCCAGAAGAGAAGGAAUCAUGGAUCAGUGCCCUCAACUCCGCUAUCACCCGAGCCAAGAACCGCAUCCUGGACGAGGUCACCGUUGAGGAAGACAGCUAUCUCGCCCACCCCACUCGAGACAGGGCGAAAAUCCAACACUCCCGCCGCCCCCCAACUAGGGGACACCUAAUGGCCGUGGCUUCGACCUCUACCUCGGAUGGGAUGCUGACCUUGGACCUGAUCCAAGAGGAAGACCCUUCCCCUGAGGAACCAACCUCUUGCGCUGAGAGCUUUCGGGUUGACCUGGACAAGUCUGUGGCCCAACUGGCCAGCAGCCGGCGGAGAGCGGACUCAGACCGUAUCCAGCCCUCAGAACGGGCAAGCAGCCUUCCCCGGCCUUGGGAAAAGCCAGACAAGGGGGCCACCUACACCCCUCAGGCACCCAAGAAGUUGACCCCCACAGAGAAAGGCCGCUGUGCCUCCCUGGAGGAGAUCCUGUCUCAGCGGGACGCUGCCCCAGCCCACACCCUCCAACUGCGGGCUGAGGAACCCCCAACCCCCAUCCUACCCCACCCGGGGCAGCUGUCCCGGAUCCAGGACCUGGUAGCAAGGAAACUGGAGAAGACUCAGGAGCUGCUGGCAGAGGUUCAGGGACUGGGAGAUGGGAAGCGAAAGGCCAAGGACCCCCCUCGGUCUCCACCCGACUCUGAGUCAGAGCAGCUGCUGCUGGAGACAGAGCGGCUGCUGGGAGAGGCGUCAUCAAAUUGGAGCCAGGCGAAGAGGGUGCUGCAGGAAGUCAGGGAGCUGAGAGACCUGUACAGACAGAUGGACCUGCAGACCCCGGACUCCCACCUCAGACAGACCACCCCGCACAGUCAGUACCGGAAGAGCCUGAUGUGAAGGAAGGGGUCGGGUUCUGGAACUUGUCGGGGGUGGACAGACUCUUAUCUCCAAGUGUUGCAGGAUAAAGCUUUUUUACUUACCUCAACAAAAAAAGAAAACAAAA